AAAAAAUUACCUGUAAUCAUUUUUUACAUUGUUGCGAUGCGAUAGUAAUAAAGUCGAACAAAUUUCGUACUUUACGACGAACCUUCGAUCAGUGUAGACUGCAAAAUGUCUCUCAGGCAUUUACAAAAGUUCAAAAAUGUGAUAUUUAGUGGCAAAGUGAGACACGCAAGUCAUUUGAGUGUUACAUUAAAGCACAAUGGCAAAGUUGAAGGUGAAAAAUUACGCGGAGAAAUACUUGCCAAUGAAUAUUUAUCGUGGAAAGGCAUUCCGUAUGGCAAACCUCCCGUCGAAGAAUUACGUUUCAAAGCUCCCGUGCCUCAUAGCGGAUGGAUUGGAAGUCAAAAGGCAACAAAACACGGGAAUGUUUGCAUCCAAAAGUUACCGAGUAAUCCCUCAAAAGUUGUCGGCGAUGAAGAUUGUCUCUUUUUAAACGUUUAUACGCCGACAAAACGUGAAGGUCCAUUGCCUGUGAUGGUUUGGGUACAUGGCGGUGCAUUUAGUUUCGGAUCUGGCGAUGCGGAUUACUUUAGUCCUGAAUUGCUCGUGAACGAAGAUGUCAUAGUUGUAACUUUUAACUAUCGUCUCGGCGUUUUAGGUUUUCUUGGAACAGAGGAUAAACAUUCGCAAGGCAAUUAUGGAUUAAAAGACAUUGCAAUGGCUUGUGAAUGGGUUAAAGAUAACAUUGGAGCUUUUGGAGGAGAUUCUGAAAAAAUUACACUUUUUGGAGAAUCAGGCGGUGCAAUGAUGAUCCAUUCGUUGCUUUUGUCUCCAAUGAAUCGCGGGCUCUUUCAAAAGGCAAUUUUACAAUCAGGAACAUCAGCUUUGAGUUCGUGUUUCUUGCAGCCAAAACCUUUAGAAAGAGCUUCUGAACUCGCGAGAUACUUGAAUAUCAAAUAUAAGACAACGGAGCAACUUGUUCAUGAGCUUAAACGAACUGACGCCGUAAUUUUAGCACAAAAUGUACCUUCAUGGAUCAAUCGUGAAAUCCCCAAUGGAAAACUCCCGCUUGCAUUUUCUCCUUGCAUUGAACCUGAAGAUUCUCUCGAACCUCGUAUCUUACCUGAGUCUCCUACAAACCUUUUACGCAAAAACGUUCAUCCAGAUAUCCCGAUGAUUGUUGGCGUGAACAGCGCUGAAGGCUUGUACGCUGUCUCUGAAUGGCAAAAUAACGCAUGUCUCUUCGGGAUUUUGAAUGAUGAGCCCGAACAUUUACUCCCGAACAAUUGGAAUGUCGAUCCAAACUCCGCAGUUGCCAAAGAAAUCCUCAACGACAUCUAUCGUGUAUAUUUCAACAACGAACCAAUUCGAAAUGUCACGGAUUACGUCAAAUACGUUUCCGAUUCCCAAUGGAAUUACGGGCCUUAUAGCAGCGUUUGUCACCAUCUCGAACAUCAAAAGUCUCCAAUUUACUUUUAUGUCUUUUCUUUCUCAGGCGACUUGAGUAUCAAUAAGAUCAAGAAGAAGCUCAAGGACUAUGAGGGCGUUAUUCAUGGAGAUGACGUCCCUUAUCUCUUCCCGAUGGCAAGAUUUGCGCCAAAAAUGACGCAAGAUAAUCCAGCAUUUGUUACGAGAGCUCGAAUGGUUAAAAUGUGGGCAAAUUUCGCAAAACAUGAGAAUCCAACGCCAUCUACCGACAGUCUUUUGAACGUUAAUUGGUCAAAAGUCGAAAAAAAUUCCUUCAAUUACUUGGAUAUUGGAGAAAAAUUGGAAGUCAAGGUCGAUCCAUUUGAAGGUCGAUUAAAAAUUUGGCAAAAAAUGGAUGAAAAAUUCCAAAAAUCCUGAAUCUGAAAGAAAAUUAAAUAAAUUUUAUAGCAAAAUUUUUUUACAUGG